UCCGCACUGCGCGCCCGCGGAGCCCGCCGCUCCGGGGCCCAUGUACUGGAAGCAUGAGAACGCGGCCCCGGCGCUGCCCGAGGGCUGCCGGCUGCCGGCCGAAGGCGGCCCGGCCACCGACCAGGUGAUGGCCCAGCCAGGGUCCGGCUGCAAAGCGACCACCCGCUGUCUUGAAGGGACCGCGCCGCCAGCCAUGGCGCAGUCAGAUGCCGAGGCGCUGGCAGGCGCUCUGGACAAGGACGAGGGUCGGGCCUCCCCGUGUACGCCCAGCACACCGUCUGUGUGCUCACCGCCCUCUGCCGCCUCCUCCGUGCCGUCUGCCGGCAAGAACAUCUGCUCCAGCUGCGGCCUUGAGAUCCUGGACCGGUAUCUGCUCAAGGUCAACAACCUCAUCUGGCAUGUACGAUGUUUGGAGUGCUCCGUGUGUCGCACAUCGCUGAGGCAGCAGAAUAGCUGCUACAUCAAGAACAAGGAAAUCUUCUGCAAGAUGGACUACUUCAGCCGAUUUGGGACUAAGUGUGCCCGGUGCGGCCGACAGAUCUACGCCAGUGACUGGGUGCGAAGGGCACGUGGCAACGCUUAUCACCUCGCCUGCUUUGCCUGCUUCUCCUGUAAGCGCCAGCUGUCCACUGGUGAAGAGUUCGGCUUGGUAGAGGAGAAGGUGCUGUGUCGCAUUCACUAUGACACCAUGAUUGAGAACCUCAAGAGAGCCGCAGAGAACGGGAACGGCCUCACGCUGGAGGGGGCAGUGCCCUCGGAACAGGACAGCCAGCCCAAGCCGGCCAAGCGCGCACGGACGUCCUUUACCGCCGAGCAGUUGCAGGUUAUGCAGGCUCAGUUCGCGCAGGACAACAACCCCGACGCACAGACUCUGCAGAAGCUGGCGGACAUGACGGGCCUCAGCCGGAGGGUCAUCCAGGUGUGGUUUCAAAACUGCCGGGCACGUCAUAAAAAGCACACACCGCAGCACCCAGUGCCGCCCUCGGGGGCGCCCCCGACCCGCCUCCCCUCCGCCUUGUCCGACGACAUCCACUACUCCCCGUUCAGCAGCCCCGAGCGGGCACGCAUGGUCACCCUGCACGGCUACAUUGAGAGUCAGGUACAGUGUGGGCAGGUGCACUGCCGGCUGCCUUACACCGCACCCCCCGUCCACCUCAAAGCCGACAUGGAUGGGCCACUCUCCAACCGGGGUGAGAAGGUCAUCCUUUUUCAGUACUAAAGCUGCCGGCAUUUGUGCAUCUGUCCAUGGGCACCCCACAGCUGCCCCUCAGCUGCUGAGAUCCAGUGUCCGAGUCACAGCCAGGGAUCCACAGCCUCCGCAUUCACCCCCACCCGCCAUCCUGCCCGCCGCCAGCUUGGCCCCCCAAGCCUAGCCUUUCCCUCUCCUGCUGAGAACCAGAAACCCCCAGGAGCACUACAGAGUCCUCCUCUUGGAAGGCAGAGCUCCCUGAAAUUUGGAAUGAGGGUGAAAACAACAGCCUGUUUUUCCCAUUUAAACAGGAGUUAUCGUCAACUUCAGCUGAUCACAAUAGCAAAAGGCAAAUGGAAUCCUGCAACGCCAACAGCCUCCUAAUUUACAGGUUUUCUUUCCCCUCGUAUUGGCCUUUAUAUACUACUUCCUUGGAACCAUCUCUGAAUUCUGAAUAGUCAACAACCCCCAAUGUUAAUCACUCUGUUGCUUUUGUCUGGAAAACUCUACAGUGUUUGUGGGAUGUCCCCAAGGGAAAGCUAUGUUCUAAUUUUAUCAUUUCCAUCUGUCUGGUUAUGUCAAGUUAAUUCAGAAAGAGAAGAGACACUGACCAGCCCUAAGAGGCCCAAUAGGGCAGAAAUGAAGGCCUGCCUGAACUAGAAAGCAGGCAGACCAGGGAGGGAUUGGGGACCCUGGACUGGGAGAAACACUAACCAUUCCAAGGCGAGGAAAGAGGAUGCUCGGUGGAGGGGAGUUUUUCCUCCCAAUUCAUUAUCUACCAUAUAUGCAGGAAUCAUGGCAGAAAUGGUAUGUGGUGACACUUCUGAAUGUUUGAGAAGGCUAGAACUGGGGAAUCUUGGUGUUUACUCCUGACAGAGGUGCCUGGCCAAGUCUUCUCUUGAGGGGAGGACACUCAUGGGGAGCCAGGGAACAGAGCCCAGUUUAAUGGCAACCAGAAUGUUAAUUUCAGCCCACUUGCCACUAGAGAGAAGUGCCCAUUGCCCAUUGCCCAGGUGGGGGUGCCAAGCCCAGGGUUCUAGCUGGUAACACUGGGUUUCCCCACCAGCUCUGCUCAGCCCCCACCUUACCCACUCCUAAGAACAGAGGCCAGACAUAGCUAUGUUCACAUUCAUCCCAUUCUGCUGCAACUCUUCCACUCUGAACAAAGGGCUCGGACAGCACACAUCCAUGAUUUGUUUUUCAGGGGACGCCUAUUUGUUUCAAACUUAUCCUCUAAUUCUAGAACUACUUGGAGACCUGAUGCAUUUCCCACUAGAAACUGCUAGUAAGCAUGUUUUAGAUCAAGUCUUUAUUCCUACAUUUGGAAGGAGACCAUAGGACAGGAAAACAUGCAGUUGCUGUCCCCAUUUUAACCCAUGGCAGAUAUCAUUAAUUGAUUGCAACAUUCUUAAUCUCACUGACUCUGGAUGAGCUUUCAGAAUUCACAUGCUUGAAGUAGGCACUUAAAUGAGAACCUGAACACCAGUUUCUCUGAGACCUGGAGGAGAGUUAGGCUUGAGUGUGGCCCAAGAAGGGAACCUGAAUCUUCUCCCUUCCAAAGAUGUUACAGCUGACUAAGGACAAAGAAAACAACACUCUCAAUGUGAUGAGUGUGACACACAGUUCAGAACUCAUCCAGUGGAAAACUUAUGCCCAACUCUGUGAUGGGCAUUGACUCAACAGGAGCUACCUGGGCUUGAUCCCUGGCACCCAGAGACUCAAAUCUUUCCUUUGAAUUUUGCUCCUAAUGAUCAAAACCCUAAUCACAACCAUGUGGUAAGUGGCCAGUUGAGCUCUGCCCAGGCUCACUUAGGACCCACUCUGCCUUGAGCCUCCUCCCAAGGUCUAUUCCUUGAGUGGAUCACAUGGCCAUAGCAUGUUGCAGUCAAACGUCUUCACUACCUUGUUAAGAACAGCCUGGGAACAUACAGACCGUCGAAACUAUUUAUUUAAAUACAAAACAAAAGGGGAAAACACACACAUGGAAAAAAAUUGUAAGCACUUUUUUGUAAAACCAAUGUCUGUUUUGUUACAUACCUUUCAUGUUGUGCUUUGUAAAUGUCUUAUUUGUGUAAUAAAUAAAGUUAAUGCAA